UGUUACGAAAGAGUGAGAGACGUGUAGCUAGCUAGCAUGUUACCAGCAUGUCCUCCUUUUAUCAAAUACAUUACUAGGUUUACAAUUUAAUGCUAUGUCAGAAUUGUUAAACACAUUUUCAAGCUUUGUACAGUAGCUAGUUAGAUGUAAAUACAUCGACAGUAACCUGGCAGUAAUAGGAGUUAAAACAAGGGGUUGAAAGAACGUUGCAUUUGCCCUUAAGUGGUAUUUCUCGCUACUAGGCAUUGGCAGCUAGCUACAUUUGGUCAACUUGCUAUCUACGAUAUAUUCUAUUCCUGGAAGAUAGAUAUCUCAAUGAUAUCCAAACUGAACUGGUAAUAUCUUUAUUCGACUAGCUACCUUAUUCGAUUCACAGCUUUUAAGGUAAGUGUAAACAGAAAACGGAUCAUCCCCAUGAGUUUGCAGGAUGGAGAGGGACUGGGUGGAUGGAAUCUGUCGCCUCACCUGCACACGGAUGAGUGCAACAUACUGAUAAACCUGCUGAAGCAGUGCCACACGGAGCACAAUGUCAAGAAAUUCUUUGGCCAUUGCAAUGAUAUGGACCGUGCCAUGAGAGCUUGUUUGAAGGACGAGCGAAUUGCAAAGAGGGAGAAAAGCAAACAACAUGCUAAAGAGAUGAGACAGAGGCUGAAAGACGGCCCUAAGGAAGACUUCUGAAUGGCAGUAGACUGAGCCGAUGCUCUAGGAAGGGCCACAGGAACUGGGUAUUGGAGGACUUAGGACUUACUGGGGCCUACCAUGAGAAGCCUACCCUACUGCCUGGACAUCUGGCCACAAGAGGUCUCUCAUAAUGUCGGUUUCAGUAUGUGUGUUGAAUAGUGUUGGGUGGAUUGUCAUAGACAGUGGUUGAUGAUCAUUUCGCUACUCAGGGAUCAGAGCUCAUAUGGGGGGGUCUGUUUCGAGGACUGCUACCCAACCCCCUGCAAUCAUGGUUGAUUGCAUAUUUAAAGUACUUAACAAAAUAAUUGCUUUAAAUUGUCUGCGUUUCUGACUGGGGAAUGGCAAUGAUGAUUGAACACUGGAUUUCUAUUGAAUAAAGUGUAUCAAAACACAGAA